AUGAGCGGCGGGGGCGAGGCCGUGCCAAGACUCAGCUUUGAGGAGAUGAAGGGCGAGAUGAGCAAGUACGGCGUGGACAUAACACAGGGGACGCUAAAAAAUCCAACGACAGAAGAUAUGCAAGGAGUAUACAGCAUGUGCAUAAAACACAUACUCAACAAAGACAUUAACAACAUAAGAAUUGAAGAGUUCACAGGAGACUUAAAAAGCUCAAUGCCAUCCAUUGAUGGUAUCCAAAUUCUCCCCAACGAAGGAAAAAACCAUUUACAAGCUAUCGGAAAUUUACGUUUCAUCAGACAUUGUGAACAAAUUAAUAAAAUUUUAUGUGUAGAAAAUACACUCAGUUAUUUAUUCAAACCAGAAUAUAUAUACAUGGAUAAUGAUAUAAAAAUCAAAAAAAUCGAGGAUGGGAAAAGUGAAGACUUGAUAUUGGAUACAGAACUUAAAACAGUGAGAAAUGAAUUACAUUCUCUGAUGGAUAAAUAUGAACAAAUAAAAAAUAGCGUACUUAGUGAAAAAAAUAAAAAAAGAGAUUACGAGGAAGAAAUUAUCGAAAAUCAAAAUUUAUUAAAUGCUCAACAAAGUAUUAUCAUCUCGUUAAGGACAACGAAAGAUAAAAUUGUAAACGAAACGAAUGAAUUAAAAUUCCAAUUUUCUCGAUUUAGACAAAAAAAAGAAGACUUAGAGGAUCAAAUUGUACCAUCUCCAGAAAAGCUGCAAGAAUAUAAUCAAGAAUUAAAAAAUCUUUUACGAGAACAUGUAUCAUAUUUUGAUUUAGAUAAAAAAAAAAAUGAAGAAAUUAAAAAUAAAAUAAAUAUUGCUGAUUUAUGUUUAAAAAAACUGGUUGAACUGUUAACCUCUUUGACUAGCCAUUUUAACGAUACAAUAAAAUAUCACAUAGAAAAAAAGGAUGAAUUAAAAAAUUUGGAAAAAUAUAUGAAAACUCUGACAUCUGAUAGGGACGAUAUAGUCAUGAAGAAAAAAAAUCAGGUAAAGAUAUUGCAAGAUACGGAGCAGUACUUUGCUGAGCAGAAAGCAAAGUGGAAUGCCAAAAUCGAGGGAGAGGAGAAAAACGUCGUCGUGGUGGAGAAGAAGGUCAACGAAAUGUAUGAACAAAUCGACGAACUGAACAGAGAGGCUGACAGGGAGGCCCAAGAAAUUGACUCAAUCGUGAAGCUCAUUCAGGACACCCUGGACAGCUACAGCCGCAACUUCGCCGUCAUCGACGACUUGACCGAGCGCACACGCAGCUCGCACACGCUGCUGGCCGCCAAGGUCCGCAACCUCGUGCUGCCCUGCGCGGGGAAGUCCUAA